UGAUUAUAAUCAAUAUUAACGAUUAACUGUUCAUCCAAUCAUCAUGUUUAUAUAAAAAAUAUAACAAACAAUGUUUCAAAAAAUGACAUUUGACACUAUUUUGUGACAUGUUAGCAUGUUAGCUAAGCUUCCUUGACGUCACUGUCCAGUCCGAUGAUGCUUUCACGGCGGCUCCGUCUGUUUCUUACACACAGCCUAUUGUCUUAAUGUAAAGGUUUUUCAGCCGAUGCACCUUUCUUACGGCUGGUGACAGCUCCACCCCUGACCACUCCGACUCCCCACCUUCACUCGGUUCCACUGUGGGUGGAUCCGACUCUCAUUGGCUUUAGGACCCAGUGGUUCUCUCCAGUGAGGCAGGCAGACAGGCAGCGGCUCAGCCCUCACACUGAAGCAGACAAAGGCGUGGGGAGAGACGGCGUGCCCCCAUCCUACUGCUGCAGCAGUCGACUCUCUCUCUCUCUCUAUCUCACUAUCUCUCCCUCACACACACACACAGUCACCAUCCUCUCCACGCACUCGCUCUCUCACACACACCCACCCACACCAGCCUUCACUCCGCCGGCAGAGACGCAGACUCUUCCGAGCUGGUCACCUUCACUCCGACGUGGUAACAGCCAUCACGACCUACAGCCAUCAUGGAACUAGACUUUGGACAUUUUGACGAGCGUGACAAGUCCUCCCGCACCCCUCGGGGUGGGCGCAUGAAUGGACUGCCCAGCCCCACGCACAGCGCCCACUGCAGCUUUUACCGCACACGCACCCUGCAGGCCCUCAGCAAUGAGAAGAAAGCCAAGAAGGUGCGCUUCUACCGGAACGGGGAUCGGUACUUCAAGGGCAUCGUGUACGCCGUGGCCAGUGACAGGUUUCGCUCCUUCGACUCCCUGCUGGCUGACCUCACCCGCUCCCUCUCUGACCACAUCAACCUACCACAGGGGGUGCGCUUCAUCUUCACCAUCGACGGCGCCCGUAAGAUAAUGACCUUGGACGAACUCGAGGAAGGGGAGAGCUACGUUUGUGCAUCAGAGAACAUCUACAAGAAGGUGGACUACACAAAGAACGUCAAUCCCAACUGGUCCGUGAACGUGAAGGCCUCCGCCAACCAGAAGAACAUGCAGUCCUUGGCCGCCAGAGCCGCCGGCGAUCCCAGAGAGACCAGGGACUUUAUCCGACCCAAACUGGUGACGGUGAUGCGCAGCGGGGUGAAGCCGCGCAAAGCCGUGCGAAUUCUGCUGAACAAGAAAACGGCGCACUCCUUCGAGCAGGUCCUCACCGACAUCACGGAGGCCAUCAAGCUGGAGAGCGGCGUGGUGAAGAGGAUCUACACACUGGACGGCAAACAGGUCACCUGUCUGCAGGAUUUCUUCGGGGAGGACGACGUCUUCAUCGCUUGUGGACCAGAGAAAUUUCGUUACGCCCAGGACGACUUCUCCCUGGAUGAGAAUGGUGAGCGACUGUUGUCUGGCUGGUGGGGGAAAAAAAAAACGAUUUUUUUUUUUUCUGGCCAAGAUUGAACGUGGUCUGGUGCU